CAUUUGAACCAUGUGUUGGUUAACAGAAUCGUAACAAUUUAUUUUCUUUUUCUAAUUUGUAUUAUAAUUAAAUUUAAUCAUGAAUUUAUCAUUGUUAUCACAAUUUUCUCUUUCAAAUGUAUACUUUAAACCUUAUUCUAGACAAGAGUUGAAAAAGUCCAGUGUUCUUGAGAUAACAAACCCAAAAUCUUUCGAUGCUCUUGGUCACCCAAUGAAAGGAGGUCUUCAUGAUCCUUUAUUAGGUCCUAGUCGUAAGGAUGAUAUUUGUGCUACGUGUAAUCUUGGUGAUCGUGGGCGAGAUGAAUGUCCUGGUCAUUUUGGACAUAUUACUCUUCCUUUGCCGGUUUAUAAUCCGGUUUUUCUACGUCAAAUGUUUCAGUUAUUAUCCAUGUGUUGUUUCAAUUGUCAUCAUCUGCUGUUCCAUCAAACACAAUUACAAAUUGUUCUCGCUCAAUUUAGAGCACUUGACUUGGGAUUUGAUUACUUGGUAGAUGAAAUUCCUUGUGUUGCUUCUGAUUUAAUGUCAGGAACAAAGGCUGAUGAUUCACCUGAAUUUGUUAACUAUCUUAAAAUCAAAUUAGAUGAGUGUAUAGAUUCUGCAGUUAAAACUGCUGGAAAUGUUUCUCUAGAUGAAAACAGUCAAGUACGAAAUGUGAUCGAUCGGAAACAGCGUUUAAUGAAAGCUUUUCUCAUAGGAAAAGCAGUGAAAAUACUAAAAACAUGUCCAAAUAGAGAUUGUGGAACCAAAAAAUUCAACAUGUCACUCAUAAAUAACUCUAUGGUUUUAAUGCAAGCAACUAAAUCUAAAUCUUUGAGCUUUGGAGGUGCAUUGUCAUCAAAAAUGGGAGAAAAUGUUGAAUCGGAAGAUGUCCUUAAAAGCAGAAUUCAAGAGGCUGAUCUAAGUCUUUCUGGUAAAUCAUUUUUAACUCCGUUAACCGCUCGAGAUCAUUUAAGGCAAUUGUAUAAAAAUGAAUCGAAAACCCUAAAAUUUAUCCUGAAAAUUUUGAUGAUGGAUAAUCGAUUUACAGAAGAUGAAACUGCAAAAGAUUAUGAAAGUCCUAUUGAUAUUUUCUUCAUGGACACAAUUCCAGUUACUCCACCACGUUUUCGUCCUUUACAUUUUAUGAGUGGAAAAUGUUACGAAGAUGAAACAACGGCCAAUUUAAACUCGAUUCUUUUAUUGAAUGCUGGUUUAGCUCAUCAGUUAAAUGAGAUGAGAAAAAAUCCUGAAGGAACUACUGCUGCUGAGAAAACUGCCGAGUUAAAGAGUCUCAAUUUAGCCUGGAAUCGUCUACAAAUUCAAUGUAAUCGAAUCUAUGACAGUGAAAUGGAUAAAUUACCCGAUAAAAAAGGUCAAGGUGUCCGUCAAGUUUUAGAGAAAAAAGAAGGUCUAUUCAGAAAGAACAUGAUGGGUAAAAGAGUUAAUUAUGCUGCUCGAUCCGUUAUCUCUCCAGAUCCUUACAUAUCGGUAGAAGAAAUUGGAAUACCAGAAAUUUUCGCAACUCGAUUAUCUUAUCCGCAACCAGUGACACCAUGGAAUGUUGAAGAAUUGAAAAAGGCCGUUUUAAAUGGUCCCGAAGUUCAUCCUGGUGCUUUAUCGGUUAGCUUUGAGAGUGGAGAUGUUAUGAGAUUAAAAGCCAAUGAUGUCGAGCAAAGAGUUCGAAUCGCCAAUUUACUUGGCCAAACAAAACCUGGAUCAAGAAUCGUUAAUCGUCAUCUCAUCUCUGGUGAUGUUUUACUCCUUAAUCGACAGCCAACCCUUCACAAGCCCAGUAUCAUGGCCCACAAAGCUCGUGUUUUAAAACGUGAGAAAACACUUAGAUUACAUUAUUCUAACUGUAAAUGUUACAAUGCUGAUUUCGAUGGUGACGAGAUGAAUGCUCAUUUUCCCCAAAGUGAACUUGCCCGUGCCGAAGCUUAUAACAUUGUCAGUGUUAAUAAACAAUAUCUUGUACCCAAAGAUGGUUCCCCCUUAGGAGGUCUUAUUCAAGAUCACAUUGUCUCCGCUACUCUACUCACAAUGAAAGGAAAUUUUUAUAAUCGUGAAGAUUACCAGCAACUUGUUUACUCUGCUUUAUUUUGUCACAAUGGUCCAGUUAAAUUAGUUAGGCCAACAAUCUGGAAACCUAAACCAUUGUGGUCAGGUAAACAAAUACUGACCACUCUAAUUUUAAAUUUGGUUCCAUCCGAUUCAGAGCCUCCCACACUUUACAUACCAGCAAAGGUCAACAGUAAAACCUUGACCAGUGAUAGGCCAGUUUCUAUUACACAAACAUCUUUCUACUCACCUGAAGUACUAAAUGAUGCUGAUGUUGUAAUUAGACAAGGUGAAGUGUUAAAAGGAAUCAUAGAUAAGGCCAACAUUGGACCAACACCUUACGGAUUAAUUCAUUGUUGUUAUGAGCUUUAUGGAGGUAAAGUUUCAAAUGCUUUACUUACAGCUAUCGCUCGGUUGUGUACAGUUUUUUUACAAAUACACGGAGGUGUCACAUUGGGAAUAGAGGAUAUUCUGGUCAAUCCAGUGGCAGACUCAGUUCGUGCCGGAAUUAUUGCCGAAUCAACAACCGUCGGUGAUGAAGCUGCUUGCCAAGCCGUUAAUUUGCCUGUUGGUUGUGAAAAAUCAAUUCUAACGGAAAAGCUUCGUGAAUGGCACGCAUCUCAAGAUCCCGUUUUAAUGAAAACCCUUGAUAGCUGUAUGAAGGGUAAAACUGAUGCAGUUAACAAUGGUAUUACCGCAGCAUGUUUACCCGCUGGAUUGAUUAAAAAAUUUCCCCAUAACAAUUUACAAUUAAUGAUUCAAUCAGGAGCUAAAGGAGGUACAGUUAAUGCUUUACAAAUCUCUUGUCUUUUAGGACAAAUUGAACUUGAAGGUAAACGUGUUCCUCUUAUGAUGAGUGGUCGAACUCAUCCAAGCUUUUUACCUUACGACACUUGUCCUAAAGCUGGUGGAUUUGUGACCGGACGUUUCUUGACGGGUAUUCGACCGCAAGAAUUUUUCUUCCAUUGUAUGGCAGGUCGUGAAGGUCUCAUUGAUACUGCUGUUAAAACAUCACGUUCAGGUUAUUUGCAGCGAUGUUUAAUCAAACAUUUGGAAGGAUUAACGGUUAAUUAUGAUUCAACUGUUCGAGACACUGAUGGAAGUCUUGUUCAGUUACAAUAUGGUGAAGACGGAAUUGAUAUUCUUAAAAGUCAACUUUUAAGGCCAAAAGCUAUGCCUUUGCUCAUUCACAAUCGAAAAAUUCUUAUGCCUGGAGAAAUAGAGUUAAACACAGUUUCAAUGUCAGAAUCAACGGAAGAGAAAGUUGAAGAUUUAAAGAGAGACAUCGAAGAUUGGGAAAAAUUGAAUGGUAAAGAUCGUCUACUUCGUCGUAUUGGUUCAGGAUUCCAAGAAUAUUUUGACCUUAAACUAAAAAAUCAUUUCGAAACUACAAAAUCUACCGAGUUAAGUCAAGAAGUUUACUCGACGAUUGUUGAUUCCUGGUUCGAAUUAAGUAAAGAAGAUAAACGCCGAUUGAAUUUCUAUUUCCUUCCCUGUCCUGGUCCAUUAUCUUUUGAAUUCAGGCCAAAUUGUCAUUUUGGUAUUUUACCAGAAAGCGUCGAAUCUCAAAUAGAAAAAUAUCUUAAAGAAUCUAAAGAUGGUUUAGUUUAUAAAGAUGACGACGAUCACAUUGGCGAUGAACGAUGGAAAGGUAAAGGCCUUUUAAGUGCGAAUGAUCUUAGGAAAUUAGUUAGCGCUCGAUUUAUAAAAUCGUUGGCUGAUCCCGGAGAAUCAGUUGGACUAUUAGCCGCUCAAUCAAUUGGUGAACCUUCAACUCAAAUGACAUUGAACACUUUCCACUUUGCUGGUAGAGGUGAUAUGAAUGUAACUUUAGGAAUACCUCGACUUCGUGAGAUUUUAAUGACCGCAUCUCCUACCAUUGCAACCCCGAAUAUGGAUCUACCUUUGGCAGCCGAUUUCAAUGAAGAUGAUAUCAAUAGAAUCAGGAAAUAUCUCAGUGCCGUUAAAUUGAGCGAUGUUUUGGAAACCAUUGAUGUCAAAGAAUCCCUAUCAAUUAACGAUAAAGGAUGUUAUCGAUAUUAUGAUAUCGAAUUCAAGUUAUUACCCCGCUCAUGUUACAAAGAUCAAUUUAAUGUAAAACCUAGAGGUAUAAUCGGAUACAUCGAAUCAAAGUUCAUUGGCAAAUUGAUUCAAGCAAUCAAGAAAACGAUAACUAUACAAAAGAAAUACAAUUCACUUUAUGAUCAUUCAAUGCAUCAUCGAGAAAGUAAAAUAACCGAUGAAGGAGGAGAUGAAUUCGCAGCUCCAGUUCGUGUAAAUAAUCUUGAUGAGGCGAGUUCUGAUGAGGAAGAAAAUGCCGUUGAAGAAGAUACUCAUGCAGUGAAGACUAAAGCCAAUAGGAAUCAAGAACUUGACUAUGAAGAACCCGAAGAGGAAGAGAUUGAGGCAAACAAAGAGCCCGAUGAAGAUCAAGGUGAAACUACCGUUUUAGAUGCUGAAGAAGAUGAAAAAGACGCUGAAAAGGUGAAAGGUGAUGAAGAAGAGGAAGUGGGCGAAACAAAACAACAAGAAACUAGAGCAUUGGAAGCACAUAGAAAGUCAAUGAAGUUAAAAGCGGAGAAACAAAAUCGAGAAAUGCUCGUUAAAGAGCAAAGUCCUUUAAUCCAUAAAUAUGAUUAUGAUAUUCAUGAUCUUUCAUGGUGUCGAGUUGUUUUCAAAUAUUCACUGGAUUAUGAUAAAGUAGAUAUCGCAUCUGUCAUUGAAUCGGAAGCUCGUAACGCUUAUCUAUAUAAAGUUGGAACAAUUCAAAAAGCAUUUGUUGUCGAUGAUCGAAACGCUUCAAAACGAGGUUUCACUCACGGGAAGAUGAUAAAAACGGAAGGAGUUUGUUUCUUAGAUCUUGUUAAUAUGCAUAAAUAUUUCGAUCUCAAUCGAGUUUACAGUAACGAUAUUCACGCCAUUGCAAAUACUUAUGGUAUUGAAGCUGCUCGAAAAGCAAUAACAACCGAAAUUGCAAACGUUUUCUCAGUCUAUGGUAUCGAAGUUGAUCCAAGGCAUCUUUCAUUAAUUGCCGAUUAUAUGACAUUCGAUGGAAGCAUUAAAGGAAUGAAUCGACAUUCAAUGGCUGGAAGUAGUUCCCCGUUACAACAAAUGACCUUCGAAACAACUUCAGUGUUUUUGAAAAGUGCACUUAUGUUGGGUUUCAAUGAUGAUCUUAGAUCACCUUCUGCCAGAAUAUUUGCUGGCCGUCCGCCGAUAGUUGGAACAGGAAUUUUGGGCUGUAUUCAAGACGGAACUGUAACAUAUGAACAAUCGUUAAACAGAAGAUUUAAACCAAAUAGAAUAAGAAAGAAGCCCUUUACACCAGAACAAAGGGAAAAAUAUCGCAUGCAAAAAUUUGGUAAUCGUAAAAGAAAGUUCCAAGUUGAAGUGGAAACUGAACCAUUACCUUUAAAUAAGAGAAUCAAAUUUGAUUAAAUAUGUACAGUUAAUUUAAUAAUGUUAUUAUUAUACCUCAGCUUUCAGAAAUGAAAGAAAAGUUAAGCCUUUUGAAAAUACUGAUGGAAUCAAGAGAAAAGGCAAAGCUGAAUCAAAAAGGCCUCUGGGAAUAUGUUUUGUUAUAUUUUUCAUUGAAUAAAUUGUUUAUUCAGAGAUAAAUAUAAA